CUUGUGUUUCUGAGAUAUCAUAUUACAUUUAAAAUCAACUUGAGAUUUUAGUUUAACACUAUAUUAAAGCUGGACUCUAGCUUUUAUUUUUAGUGGCCUGUAUGUGCUACGUGACGAAGUUCAAUGCUUCUCUAACCUAUACUGCUCAACAGAUGGCGCUGUUCCUCUAUUUACAGCUGUGACUCAACUUGGAAAAGACGCAUGAGCUUGACUUUUUUUUUUUUUUUUUAACUUGCAACUUUUUAACGAUUGCUUCGAAGACACGAACGACUACAAAUGAAGUACAUGCCUGGACUCUUGAAUUCACUACAUGUCAUUAAUUACUGCAAAAAUACCCGGCUCUUCUUUGCGUCACUUGGCAGUUCCCUGCGUCUGAACAUCAGCUGUGAGUGGUCAACAGAGCAGAGCAGCGACGCAAGGCAAAACAGCCAUAGUCUCACCGACUCGACAUAACCGUGUGAUGCUUCUUCGUCCUUAUAUCCGUCUCAGAGUCCUGUAUCUUCUCUGAAGCUUUCUGCGCUGUGGUGACCCAGCAUGUAGCAGAGGUGAACAAGUCCCUUCACACCUGUGAACAACAACUUUUGAGGCCACAUGCUUGGCUUUGUGUCCAGCUGCCUCCUGUCACCAAAGACUGGACAAAGUCAGGCCUGUGGGCGACCCUAGCAGAUGUCCUACUGCGGACAGAGGGGCGAAGGGACACUGGUGGUAGGGCAGAAGACAUCACUGACUGAACACAGGCAGCAAGAAGUCAUUGGCCUUGGCUGUUCUUAGAGCCAAUCUGUCUGAGAAUGCGGAGUACAAUUGGAUAGUGGCUUCAGAAAAUAUAGCUGGAGGUAAUAAUCAUGGGGAAUUCAUACGCGGGCCAGCUGAAGUCUGCCCGGUUUGAAGAGGCUCUCCAUAACUCUAUUGAGGCCUCACUGAGAUCGACCAGUGGAGACCCACAGCCCAUCUUCACGCAGCUAUACCUCGAGCCCGAGCCGUAUCCUGGAAACGUGGAGGACAUAAAACCUAAAAAUGAACUGAAUGGGGCAGAGACACCAAACCAUGAUACGAACGGUCACUCCUCAAAUGACAUGGAAGACAUGGACGAUGACGAUGAUUCAGACAGCAGCAGCCCCCCUCUGCCAUACCUCCAGGUCCCUCCCCCUGACGGCUGCUGCACUUUGGAUGGUUUCUGUCAAGCCGGUAAGGACCUCCGCCUGGUUUCCAUAGCAACAGAGCCCAUAGAUGUCCCGGCGGGGUUUGAGCUGGUCGGUGCCAAGUCCCCGAGUGUCCCGGAGCACAUCCUGGUGUGUGCCGUGGACCGCCGCUUCCUGCCUGAUGAGAAUGGGAAAAAUGCACUUUUAGGUUUUUCAGGAAACUGUGUUGGCUGUGGAGAGAAAGGUUUCCGAUAUUUCACAGAGUUUUCAAACCACAUAAAUUUGAAGUUAUCUACGCAACCCAAAAAGCAGAAGCACUUAAAAUACUACCUGGUGAAGAACUCACAGGGUGCUCUGACAAAAGGUCCCCUUAUUUGCUGGAAAGACUGUAAAACUCGCCAGUUCUCCAGCAGCGUGUCCACAUCCAAACCCAGCUCAGCCUCUUCUUUGAGCAGUAAAGAAAAUGGAGGCACCAGUGGACACAGCUCCUCCCCCUAUUCACUGUCAGAUUCUCCUCCAGCGAGACAAGCACAACCUCCGUCAGCCUUUUACAGUCAGGACCUGAGCCGAGAGAGCAGCUUCAUCAAACCCCUCACUUCCACACCAGGGAACAAGACUCUGCCCAUAGUCCCAACUGCUUUGAGGGUCAAUGCACCAACUAACAGCCUGGUAGAUGCCCACACACCCCUGCUCAGCCCCUCCUCUGUGUCGCUCCGGAAUCAGGGGCAGGUGUACCGCCCCACAGAUCUUGGGGAUAGUCCGGUAUCCUCUGCCAUGAACAGUGGACCCCCCAAGAAGCGCCAUCGCAGUUGGCACCCGUCACACCCCAGCACCCUGGUCCCUGUCCCACCCACAGCUGUCCCCGUGCCCGCUAUUCGACCCAUCGUCUGCUCUCCAGUUAUGACAGUAUCAGUGCCUCAGCCACCAGCUCCUGCAGUUAUUCAGCCCCAGCCUGUGACUGCCGGGGAAACUGUCAUUGUUCCUGACAACCUCCUAAACUCUUCAGGAGUUCGCCCUGUCAUUCUCAUCGGGCAUGGCACUUUACCUUAUUUCUAUGGAAAUGUGGGCGACAUCGUGGUGAGCCCCCUGCUGACCAGUUGCUAUAAAAGCAACCAGUUAACUGAAAAGAACCUGGAGCUUUUAGGCCUCAGCAGCAGCCAACUCCUCAGUGUGGAAACAAUGAUUUUACUCACGUUACAGUACCUAGCACGCUUAGGUCCUCAUCAGAUUCCCCUGAGAGAGGAGUUGGAGCAGAUUGUAUUGAAGGCUAUGCUGUGCUGUCCUGGAGGUCCUGCUAUUGUCCCAGCUCAACUGCCCUGGCUGGCUCGACUUGAGGCCAGUGUCUCUGGUGGAAGCGUUCAAGUUGUGGUUACCCAUAAUUCCUUGGGAGAGGGUAUUUCAGAGUCACUGCGAACUCUCAGUGAAGGACCACUCCACCAGUGCCUGCCCAUCUAUGUAGUCAUUGUAUGUGCCUCCAAAAUGAGCGGCAGCGAGUUUUGUGUACUUGUUUUAGGAAAAUAUCAAGCCCGGGCUUUAGCUGAAGGCAUGCUGACAACUAAUGAGUUUUUGAAGGAAAUCAGUUAUGAGCUCAUCACAGGCAAAGUCAGUGUACUGGCGUCUCACUUCAAAACUACAUCUCUUGGGGACAAUUUGGACAAACAGUUGGUGCGAUAUCAGCGUCGGCAGAAGGGGCAAGGUGCCCCAGCGUGUCAGGGUGAUAUGACUGACCACAUCCACUCUCAGGAGGUAGCCAGCAUGUCGCCCCACUCCGACAAAGAAGACGUUUUAAACAAGAUUUUCCAGAUCUAUCCAACUCAACUGAGAGUGGCACGCAGCCUCUUAUCUCAAGUUUGUUCCAUCGCUGACUCAGGGACACAGAACCUUGAUCUGGGAAGGUUUUGUAAAGUUGACUUUCUUAUUUUGGUCCCACCUUCUCAUAUCUUGGUACAGCAGACGGCACAGCGGAUCCGACAAUCAGGUGUGCUUGUAGACCUUGGAGUUGAAGAAAGCUCUCAAGCCAAUCAGAAAUCAGACAAGUAUGUGGUGCGCCUGGACGGUGACGUUCAUGCCAAAAUGGAGGCAUUCAUGAGGAAAGUCAAACAGAACCCCUACACCCUGUUUGUCCUCAUUCAUGACAACUCACACGUUGAUCUCACAAGUGCUCUUUCAGGCUCUGUGUGCCAUGGGGAGUUGCAAGGUUUGGCUGACCGAGUGGUGAACUGUCCUGAGGUCCUCACAGCCAUGAACCUGCUGGUGUUGCAGGUCAGCUGUUUCCCAUACACUCUACAGACGCAUCAGUCACGCAUCAGCAUUCACAACGAGGUGCACUGGCCCACCAACGAAAGCCUACAGGGAGAACGGUUGCCAAAGGAUUUGCUCUACUUUGGUUUGAGUGACUACAGCAAGUCCCUCCAAUGGGGUGUGGCCAGUCCAAUUCUACGCUGUGAUGAUGCUUUCGAGAAGAUGGUUCAUACCCUCCUAGAAAGACACCCCCACCUGCACAGUAUGGUGAUCCGCAGUUACCUGCUGAUUCAGCAGUACACUGAAGCCAUGAUGGCCCUCACGUCGUCCCCCUCUCUGCGAGACCACAUUACCCCAGAGACCCUGGCCAUGGUGGAGGACCUGAUCAACGCCCCCAGCAGAGAAGGGUCACAGGGCCGGGGGCAUAUGCUACUGGUGAGGGUGCCCUCUCUGCAGCUGGCCAUGCUGGCCCGUGAGCGUCUGGAGGACGUCCGAGACAAACUGGGGCUGUCUUUGUGCUUCGCUGUGCUGUUAGGGAGUCCAGCCUCUGAGCUCAGCCUGCCCAAAGUGUUCACCAACCGCCUCAAGGCAUGGAGACGGUGUGAAAAUGAAGACUGGACCCCAAAAACCUAUGAGGAUCUUGAGGGACUCCCUUGUAUUGUUAUUCUAACAGGCAAGGACCCACUUGGAGAAACAUUCCCCAGGUCCUUGAAAUACUGUGAUCUUCGCCUGAUAGACUCAAGCUACCUGUCCCGUACAGCUUUGGAGCAGGAGGUGGGCCUGGCCUGUACCUAUGUGUCCUCUAGAGUAGUGCGGGAUCCUAAAAAAGCUAUGACCUCUGGAUUUGAUGGAGAGAAAGGUCCCACUCACGACGGAGAAGAGCUGGAGCGACCACAGAGUAAUGGCAGUGCAAAUACAAGAGCGUCUGGUUCUCUGGUGGAAAAUGGAGUCAGUUCUUCAGAUAACACAGACACUUUUCCGAAGGCCUCAACGUCUCACUGUGCCGUGGACUGUGGGCCUUCCGAAGUAAACACAAUGGAGAUGGGCUCUCAAACUGUGUUCAAACAAGAGUGCGAUUCUCCCGGGAGCCAUGUUCACUCCAAAGACUCCAAAACACCUCCAUCCUUCUACUCGUCCUCCUCUACCUCUUCCUCUCCCUCCUCUUCUUCCACUCAAAGACCCAGCCAGUCGACCCAAUGUGGACGCCCGAACAAACCCACUAGAGUGUUACCUCGUACCGUCAUCAUGUCCCGGGCUGCCUACAACCUGCUUUCGAGUGAGUCUGUUAGCCAACUCAGCUCCUUCUCUCUUCUGCCCCAUGCGGAUGUGACCUGGAGCAGCCCGCUAAGACCACUCAUCACCCCCAAUCUGCAGGGGGCAGAGCAGAGCAUGUACUACAGACAGUGGACCACAGCCAGGCAGCAUCAUGCAGAUCAUGAAGCCCCCGCAGUGCCGCAUCCAAGACGACUGCUGCUAAGCGGGCCACCACAGGUGGGUAAAACUGGUGCAUACCUGCAGUUUCUCCGAAUCCUAUUUAAGAUGCUUAUCAGACUCUUGGAGGUGGACGUGUACGAUGAGAAUGAAGUUGAGGAUGAAGAAGAAAUACCUGUUACAAUUCCUGGGAACAGAAUGUGGCCUGACAUUGAAGAUAUUCGCAAACUGUCCUUUGAUUCUUUUCCACAUGACCCUAAGUUUAAGAAGGCUAGUCCUGUUUACUCAGAGAAGAUGCCAAAGUGCUUAACAGAUGCAAAACAAGAUGGAGAGCUGCCAGUCGAAAGAAAGACCACAUCAAUUCGUUUGAGCCAGUUUGCAGCUCAUAAUGCAUUUCAUCAUUGUGAGCAGUGCCACCACUACUGUGAAGCAAGCCCUUCCUCUCAGUUGUCCGAGUGUAUUUUCCACGCCUUCACCUUUAGCUCGUCCAUGCUGGGAGAGGAGGUCCAGCUUCAGUUUGUCAUUCCCAAAUCCAAGGAGCAGCACUUUGUCUUCAGUCAGCAGGGCAGUCACCUGGAGAGCAUGCGCCUGCCUCUCAUCUCCAGCAAGGACCUGGACCUGCUGAAAAGUCCCAUAUUUACCCCAACUACGGGACGUCAGGAGCACGGUCUUCUGAAUCUUUUCCAUGCGAUGGAGGGCACCAACCAUCUGCACAUUCUGGUGGUGAAGCAUUUUGAAAUGGCCUUGUACCGAAAGUACUGGCCCAACCACAUCCUGCUUGUCCUGCCCGCUAUGUUCAACAACUCUGGAGUGGGUGCUGCACGUUUUAUGAUCAAAGAGCUGUCGUACCAUAAUCUGGAGCUGGAGAGGAAUCGUCUGGAGGAGCAGGGUGUGAAGAGGCAGGACGUGUGGCCUUUCAUCGUCAUGAUGGAUGACUCGUGUGUGCUGUGGAACGCCCACCAGCCCGCUGACACCAGUGAAACACCAGAAGGAGGAUCAGUUUUGACAAACCUGUCUCUGAAGUCGGUGCUGCAGCAUAUGGAGAACACCCCGAAAAUCUCCCUGUACGCCCUGUGCGGGACCAGGAAGUGGAGCAGUUGUCUGUCCCUUCGAGCCCCCCUUAGCCCUUUCAGCCGCAGCCACCUCCACGAUUUUGUGCUGCUCAAUGUCGACCUGACACAGAACGUACAGUACGACCUUAACCGGUACAGCUGUGAGGAGGUGGACUUUAAUCUGAGAGUGAACAGCAGCGGGCUGCUGCUCUGUCGCUUCAACAACUUUAGCCUCAUGAAGAAACACAUUCCAGUUGGGGGGAACAAGGACUUCCUUGUCAAACCCAAACUUGUGGAGAUGGAAAACCCAGCCCUCAUCAGCCCAUCGCAGUACGUGUGUGCCCCUGACAGUGAGCAGACACUGCUGGACGCUCCGGCACAGUUCCUGUUGGAGAAAUUCCUCCAGAGCUGCAGCCACAGACUGUUCCCCAUGGCCAUUCACAACAAGACCAACCCCGUCCUGUCCAUUGACAGCUACCUGAACAUCGGCCCCAAGAUUUCUGUGUGUUACAUCAACUCUCGUCCACACUCCACCAACCUGAACCAUCAGGGCCUGAUCUUCAGUGGGCUUCUGCUGUACCUCAGUGACUCCUUUGUUGUCUCUGGGCUUCUCAAGAAAUUUCACUUCCUGAAAGGUGCGACUCUGUGUGUGAUCUGCCAGGACCGGAGCUCUCUGCGUCAGACCAUUGUUCGACUGGAGCUGGAGGACGAGUGGCAAUUCAGGCUCCGAGAUGAGUUUCAAACGGCCAACUGCAGUGAGGACCGGCCCCUGUUCUUUUUAACAGGACGCCAUGUUUGAAUAUUGGUACUAAGAAUCGCCAAUUUUCAGUCAAAGUUUCCAAAAAGACUGCAAGUGUUUCUAUGCAUGGACUGGCUAGCAUGCAUUGGCUGACUGUUGCAAGAAGCUGGACACAAGUAUAGCUCUAAUUAUACAGACUCUCUCAUGAUAGAGCACCACUACAAUUACAGCUUUGUUCCUGUAUGUCAUGCAAACAAAGCCUCUAAAAUGAUAAUGUGACUAUUGAAGAUUGUAUUGUUUGUACAGGGCUGUCCUGCACAUGCAUUUUUAUCUCAGGGUUUUAAAAUGACAAGAAAGGGAAGUUGUUAAAGGGAUUGUUUCUUUAUGAUGUGUUAUAUUUUGCUGGUUUUAAUUUAAGUUGAUACCAAAGACAUCCUCUGCUGCACCUUUUUCUUUUCACUAUGCGAUUUAAUCUAAGCUUUUUAAUAUUAAGUGUAUGUUUUAUUUCAGUAUUAGUAUAUAACCAUGCAUCAUAAUACAUUCUUUGGCUUGUUUUAUAUGUUUCUCUUUUAAUUCUUUUAAUCUGCAGCAUUGAAAGUUCAAAGUUCAAGCUUUACCCAAUCAACCAACAGCAAUCACUGCCAAAUAUAUUGACAAAAGCAAUCAAAAUUUUGGGAAAAAUGCCAUCUUUGGUACUCUAAUAAGUAGCAGGUCACUAAAAUUUGUACUUGAAACAAGAAUGUUUUUAUAUUUUCUGCACAGGGUUGUCCAAAGAAAAUGCCUUGUUGGUAAUACUGAAAAUAUUACCACUUAAGUCCCUAGUUUUCGGACCAACAAAAAUGAAGAAACCAUGUAACUGUGAGAAGAAAAUAUGAUAAAAAACCAAAAUGGAAUAAUUUCAUUUUGAACUACUGUUUAAAAAUGUUUACAUUACUAAUAUAUUGUAUCACCCCUUUUACAAUGAAGGGUCUCUAAUGUUUUGUGUAUUUUUCUUUGCCAAUUUUAGUAUUUGUGCAAGACAAGAAGAAUCUACCUAGAUGUGUGCUUACCGUAAUGUCUGUAAACUUUCUUGAUUACGUUUUGUAUUGAAAAAGUCCAUGUUGUAUUCUUAUUUAUUGAACAUUUUGGACUGAUAAUCAUAUUGUAAUAUUGGCAUGUCGCUUAAGACAAGUGGCUGUGUCCCUUUUUGUUCAAAACCACUAACAAAGGUUUUGCACAUGACCCAGAAUGAUUCCUUUUAGAUGUGCUGAAUGUCAAUGGGGUGGGAAAAGUUAACUUGCACUAUACAGGUCAUCAGCAAAAAAUAUAUUUCUCACAACAACAAAAUAGCCCCCAAUGUCUCAUAAAAAUGAUGUCCAUAAAAUGUCUUAUAUAUUAACACUUAUGCAACUUGCUUUCACAAUCUUGUCUAGACUACAUUGCAGCUUAGUGGAAGCCUUGGUAUCUGUGAUCUACCUCAUUCUGUCUUAGUGGUUGAAUAUCAUGAACACAUGAUCUUAGGGCCAUGCUUUUGUUGUUGAAAUUUAUGAAUGUAAUAAAACGACAUGUCCAUUUCCCGA